AUGUCUUUAAAAGGAGCAUCACUUAUCCGAAUAGGAAAUAAUCUUCAUACUACUACUGAAGAAGUUGAAGAUCCAUACAACACAGACUUGAAUCAUUCAUUUUCAUUUGAAUUGUUAGGAACUCAUAGUGUUAAUGAUCAACAAGAUUGUAGCCUUUCAUUACCUCAUGAUUUAAACAACUCUUGUCUUUCAAGAACUGAGUCACCAUCGUUUGUUUUUGCGAAGUUCAAAGAUUAUGAUGAAAAUGAAGCAUUAGUUGUAGUUGAUACUGUUAAUAAGCAAACAAAUUUGAACGAAGAAGAAUUUACUUCGAAUGAAGAGUUCUAUAAAAGUUCAAAUACUUUAAAUAGAUAUAACGCAAUGUCGGUAGAUAAUGAUAUAGUAAACGAUAGACAAGCAAGUUUUACUGAAGAAAAUGCUGCACUUGAGGAAUGGAACCGUAAAAGUAUUAAACAAAGAAAAAGUAGUUCUUAUUUAGUCCCAAACCCCCAUUUAAAACAUUUGAAUUUGAAGAAUAGCAAUAAAAUUCAAUCUCUGCCUAUUUUAAAGAAUGGAUCAAGAUUUCAAGACUUAAAAAGUUCUAGAACUAGUAACAAAACCGACAGAAUUGUUUUAAGUAAUACCUGUGCAUUUGAUGGAUUAUCGUCUAUUCUAAUGUUAUCAUAUUGUGAUAGUCAAAUAUAUUCAACAUUCAUAGAUUCUAUCAAUGACAAUAAGUAUUUCAAUUUCAUUUCAAGUUUAGUGAAAAAUGGAAUUACAUCCUCAACUUACUCUAAAAGAACUGAAGUUAUAAUGAAUUUUUUAAAACCAGAAAUACAACCAUUGCAGUAUAACAUCACAUUAGCUAAAUGUGAUGCUACCAUGGGUCAUGUUAUAAAAGCUUUGCUCAACGAUUAUCCAACAAUCGAAGAAUUUUCAAAAUGUUCUUCCAACCAUUGCAUUAAAACUUCAAAGUGCCAAUUGAUGUUUUUAACAUAUCAGACUGGACAUAAUGAAAACUUGAGUGGCUUACAGAAUUUCAUCAAAGAACGUACCAGUGUACAAUAUUUGAAAUGUAGUGAGAAUUGUGAUGGUAUAAAAACUGUACAUUCAAAAAUAUCAACCCACCAUUUAUUUAUUGAUGUCUUGCAAUGGGAUGGUAAUGAUCCAACUACAUCCAUGUGUAGUACUGAAGCAGCUAGCAUGGUUCAAGUUAAGCUGAAGGACAUUCCACAAAUACUUGUGUAUGAAAGCACCAUAUAUGAACUUCGUGGUGCUAUACAUUUUUAUAAAGGAAAAAGUGGAUUAAGGAAUUCGGUAGGUCAUUAUACAGCUUAUGCUAAAAGGGGUACGCACAGCUGGGAAUUGUACGAUGAUCUAAAAAAACGACCAAUUCCAGUUAAGGAAAAUAAAACUGACCAAGUGUUAAACAAUACAAAAAAAAAAAAGAGAAGUGUUGCUCCUUAA